GCGACUGCAACAAGUAAAUCGUUUCUUUGUUCUGGAAAGCUUUUGCGAUUUUGUAAUUUUAACUACCUUAACGUUUGAGCCGCGUUGAUCGUGUCCAUAACCGGCAUCAUAGUGUUGCCGUCCACAGAGGUAUGGCGCAACAAGCGGGCACCGCACAGGAGAAGACGCUCACCGGUAUCCGCCGGCGCAUACUGCGGACCAUCGCCAUCCACACCACGAUCAUUGUCACCGUCGGCAUUAUCGUUGUCCUCCUGGCCGCCACCGUAUUACCUAAGCUGAACGACACUCGAGCCUGCGAAGCGAGCGUGAUUAACCGUUUUAUUGCGAGCCGUUCCGUUGCCGCGCAGUGUGCAAUGCUGAACGUUCUCUCCAAAGCUACCGUUCCGCUCGGUCUGUACUUUAUCGGUGGCUUCCUUAUCCUGACGUCCCUCGUUGGCGCAUUAAACAUGUAUCGUGUCCACACCAUAAAGUCGACAGACGCGGUCUUCAACACAGCCAACCCGAUAAACGUGCAGUCUUUCGUGGAGAAACAGGAAGCCAAGCGGUUCCCGGGUUGUUCGCCUUCCGUCACUACAACUACGAACUGUGGGGCGUGAUGAGCGGCAGUCUGAUCGCCGCUCUCAGUGAAAUCCCGUCGGAGAAUCACGGCAGCCAGAUGGCCGAUACCAAGUGGCCGCUCAUCCGCUUUCGGGGCGGUCUUCUUCUUACUGUUGACGUUUAUUAUCUACAACCUUGUUGCGGCGGACGGCUACGAUAAGGAGCUCCAGUCGAAACGGGAGUUGCUGGAAAUGGAAAAAAUGCGAAGCUGACAGAGAGAGCGGGACGGUGCGGCGGCACCGGUGACGAUCGAAGUCGUGCACGCGCAUCUUAAUAUACCCCCGGGCCGGACGCAACAGAUUGCUGAACGUCAUACUUAAUUAAACACGCAACGGUCUGUCUAGUUCGCGUACGUAUACCCUUUCCUGGUUAGGUCGGUAUAAUAAUUAUUUAUAAAAUUAAUAGUUCACGAGAGUACGGUAUGUGAAUUGGCGUUUCGAUGAUUUUUUGUGAUGUCUC